AUGUCUUCAAUGGACACUUCCACGAUACAGCCACCGCUCGACUACUCAGACAGUGGUCUUGGCAUACUUAUCACUAUUAAUAUUCUCGCACUGAUUACUACCAUCGUCGUGACCCUGCGAUUUUGGGCCAGGAGUCUGACCCGUCAGGCUAUCGGAGCCGACGACUAUCUAUCCGUCCGAGUGGGCUGCAAGAUCCUCGGUUCAAUGUGUGUCAUGUGGUGCAUUGCGGUAAUGAUCAUCAAUCUCACCCAAUGCCAGCCCCUGAAAGCCUUUUGGUUCGUGGAGCUUCAGGCGCUGUCGACAACAAAAUGUCUCGACACCAUCCUCUGCUUCCUGGGAAACUCGAUAGUCAACUGUAUCAUCGACUUCUUUACCCUCACCCUACCCAUUCACGAGGUGGUAAAGCUACAGACCACAACGCGGCGGAAAAUCAAUAUUUGCAUUGUUUUCCUGCUGGGCAGCGUCGCUUUCGCGGCAAGCCUUGUCCGCACAGUCUCCACGGCUCUUAUUUGGCAAGAGGGCAUAACUAACUUCACAAAGCAAUUCGUCGUCUCGGGGACUGCAACAGUAGUGGAGAUUUACGUGGCUAUCAUCGGCGCAAGUCUGCCAACACUGGUGCCUGUCUACCGCAAGCUACGAUAUGGAGACCCUCUCAAAAGCCACACGGAUGCUAUUUCGCGGGACACACCUCUCAGGGGUGGAAGUAGCGCUCGCAAAAAGGAGUUCGGUAAUGUGGAUGGCUCGUUCGAGAGGCUUGAUAACAGUGAAGAUGCCCUGACCCUGGGCACGCACCUUAACAACCACCGCGUCAAAGUGAGUAGCCCUCGGGGUGACAACGGUCCCACCUACAUGAGCUCUGAGACCUACCCGAUGGAGGGCAUCAUGGUGAGGCAUGACUUGGUUUGGUCCGAGCAGAGUAAAAGCCACUCUAUCGUCUGA